AAACUCAGGAAGCAAAGGCACAGAUCACCACCAACCAUUUCACAAAACCAACACUAUGCACUGAAAACAAAACCCAGAAACUUCAUAAGAAUGGAAACAACUACCUGCAACUCUUUCCAUUUCUCACCUUCCCCAAAUAACCUCUCUAAACCCCCACUUUCAUUUCCAUUUCCAAAGCCAUCCCACAGAAUCCAUCGGAAUCGCCAAUUCCGAUUCUUACACAUCUCACCCACAUUCAACUCCCCCCCUAAAGGCUUUGGCCCUCCUCCCCCCAACAAAAUUACCAAAAAGACCCUGAACCCAAAGAAAGUCAACAACAAUGAUUAUGAAGAUGAUGAAGAUGAGGAGAUAGAGAGAGAAGCAGGUGUGAUUCCAGAGAUAGUAACGAACAGGAUGAUAGGUAGAAUCGGGUUAUCAGUUGGGAUUCCAUUGUUUAUAGGGUUGUUGUUCUUUCCAUUCUUUUAUUAUCUGAAAGUAGGGUUGAAGAUUGAUGUGCCCACUUGGGUGCCCUUCAUUGUGUCAUUUAUCUUCUUUGGGACAGCCCUAGCAGGUGUUAGUUAUGGGAUAGUGUCCACCAGUUGGGACCCUAUGAGAGAAGGCUCCCUCUUGGGUUGGAACGAGGCUCAAAAGAAUUGGCCUGUUUUCUGGCAAUCUCUUUGGGGUUCAUCUGGUUCCAGAAAGAAGUUCUGAACCUUUUCCUUUGUAUAAUCUUGCCAAUUAUUUCCCAAUAAUAAAUAUAGAGGAUGUUUUAUCUGCUUUCGAAACAAA